CAGGGAUCGAACUCACGACUGCCUGCUUACAAGGCAGGCACUUAUGCCUCUGAGCUAAAUCCCCAGCCCGAAAUUCUUUUUAAAAAUGAAGAAAUUGUGGUAAAAACUCCAUAUCUUGGAAAGGGACAUAUGAAGGAACUGUCAUGUACCACUAUUGUAAAUGACAAGCAGAAUGAAGUGACACUGGUGCUCCUGGACAUAGUGUAAGAAAGUAAGCAUGGAUCAAGCAUAAAAUAAGGAUCAGUACAGUGCUCAUGUCUACUACCCAGCCCGUGUUUUCAGAAACAUUAGAUUCUCCAAACAUUAGUAAACCACCUUCAGAAAUCAAGUGACAAAUUGUUCUAUAAAAAUGUUUAUCAUUUCCCAAUCUAUAGAGUUAGAAAAGUGUGUGUAGAAAUAAGCAAGAUUCUUUGAUUAUUUGUGCACAAUUUAACAUACUUCAGCGGCUGUGAACUGUUAGGUUUUGAUAGAACUGAUCAUAAUAAAGACAGCCUGCUGGCCAGUCUUGGUCCAUGGCUUCUGCAGCAUUUAAUUACUGUGUUCAGUGCCAGGAGAGCUGUGAGAUUUUUCCCUGAGUGCUUUUGGAGUCCUACAGACAAUGUGUCUGUAUCAGACCGCUGACAAGGGGGAGCACUGCAGAGCUGACAAAGAGCAAGCCUUUAGCUUUGCAGUGGCAAAUCUUUGGGGUUUAAUAGUAUUUAGGCUGUUUUACAUAAAACAAUAAUUGGACAGUUAUGGUUGCACUAAUUUUUUUAUCAUAAUAACUAUUUAAAUAACUCAUUUCAUUACUUAUAUUUGAAGCCUUUUUAACAGACUUACUGUUUUGUUCUUUCCAAUUGCAGAAACAUUUUUUCUUCGUGGAAAACUAGCAAGGGGGAAAAAAAAACAGAAACCAACAGAUCAACCAUAAUUCCUACACAGAGAUAACCACUACUAAUAGUUGAAAGCCAGCUGCAAUGGUACACAUCUGUAAUCCCAGCACUUUGGGAAGUGAGGCAGGAAGAUGUUCUAGGCACAGACAGGGUUGAACAGAUGACCAAAACAUACAAUGACAUCGACAUGGUUACACAUCUCCUGGCAGAGAGAGAUCGUGACCUGGAGCUAGCUGCUCGAAUUGGAAAAGCUCUCUUAAAGCGGAAUCAUGUCUUAUCUGAGCAGAAUGAAACCCUGGAGGAGCAGUUGGGGCAGGCCUUUGAUCAAGUUAAUCAGCUGCAACAUGAGCUGUCCAAGAAAGAAGAGUUACUUCGAAUUGUCUCCAUUGCUUCUGAAGAGAGUGAAACUGAUUCUAGCUGUUCUACACCUCUUCGGUUUAAUGAGUCCUUUAGUUUAUCUCAGGGUUUACUGCAAUUGGAUAUGCUUCAAGAAAAGCUAAAGGAACUGGAAGAAGAGAACAGGGCCCUUCGGUCCAAAGCUUGUGAUAUCAAGACGGAAACUUUUACCUAUGAAGAGAAGGAACAGCAGCUUGUCAGCGACUGUGUUAAAGAACUCCGUGAAACAAAUGCUCAGAUGUCCAGAAUGACUGAAGAAUUGUCAGGGAAGAGUGAUGAACUGAUUCGAUACCAAGAAGAGAUCUCCUCUCUGUUAUCUCAGAUUGUAGAUCUUCAGCACAAACUUAAAGAACAUGUGAUUGAGAAGGAAGAGCUAAGACUUCACCUACAAGCAUCUAAAGAUGCUCAACGCCAGCUGACAAUGGAGCUGCAUGAGUUGCAAGACAGGAACAUGGAGUGUCUGGGGAUGUUACAUGAAUCCCAGGAAGAAAUAAAGGAGCUGCGUAGUAGAUGUGGCCCUGCUGCUUCUCUGUACUUCUCCCAGUCCUGCGGACUUUUUACUGGGGAAUCUUUAGCAGCUGAGAUUGAGGGAACAAUGCGGAAAAAGUUGACUUUGGAUGAGGAAUCUUCUCUCUUUAAACAAAAAGCCCAACAGAAGCGGGUGUUUGAUACUGUCAAAGUUGCCAAUGACACCCAGGGCCGCUCUUUCCCACUCCCAGCUCUGCUACCCAUCCCAGGGUCCAACCGUUCAAGCGUCAUCAUGACAACAAAACCUUUUGAAUCUGGCGUACAGCAGACGGAGGAUGGAACACUGCCAGGCCAGGGGACUAACUCCAAAGAGGUUCCUGACGACUCUCAGCCCACGAGCCAACCAGGACCCUCUGGAGACAGUGACCUGGCUGUAGCACUGCAUCGUCUCAGCCUGCGUCGGCAGAAUUACUUCAGUGAGAAGCAGUUCUUUGCUGAGGAGUGGGAACGGAAGAUCCAAGUUCUGGCUGACCAGAAAGAUGGGGUUAGUGAUUGUGACAGCGCCCCAGAGAGCCUUGCUGCCCCAUCUACCAACCAGUCGGAGACCACAGAGCUCGGCAGUGCCAGUUGCCUUCGAGGAUUUAUGCCAGAAAAGUUACAAAUUGUCAAGCCCCUUGAAGGAUCACAAACUCUACAUCAUUGGCAGCAGCUUGCUCAACCCAAUUUGGGGACCAUUCUUGACUCAAGACCAGGUGUCAUCACUAAAGGCUUUACCCAGUUGCCCAAGGAUACUACCAUCUAUCACAUCUCAGAUUUAGAGGAGGAUGAAGAGGAAGGAAUCACUUUUCAGGUUCAGCAGCCUCUUCAGAUGGAGCAGAAACCAGAGGCUUUUAGCUCAGUGGCAGGGAUCUUCCUGCCACCCAUCAGUUCAGCAGAUGGACCUGUUACAGCCUCAAACCCAGGAAAGUGUCUGUCAGGCACGAACUCGACAUUCACCUUCACCACCUGUAGGAUAUUACAUCCCUCUGAUAUCACUCAGGUUACCCCUAGCUCGGGGUUUCCGCCGCUGGCCUGUGGCAGCAGAGGCAGGGCCUCAUCCAGCACUGCUGGGCACUCCCCAGGCCUGACCUACCAGCUCAGCACGGGGGAGUCCAUCACUAACCGACGGGACUCUACCACAACCCUCAGCAGCACUGUGAGCCUGGCCAGACUCCUGCAAGAGCGGGGCAUCUCUGCUAAAGUGUACCACAGUUCAGUUUCUGAGAAGCCCCUUCUCCAGCUGUUCCCCAAAACCCUGGCCACACCUUCCACUCCACCAAAUUCGCCAUCUCACUCACCGUGCCCCUCUCCGGUGCCCCUUGAGGCCCCAGUGCAUCUCUCUGAAAACUUUUUGGCUUCUCGACCAGCUGAGACGUUCCUCCAGGAGAUGUAUGGCUUGAGACCUUCCCGGAACUCUCCUGAUGUGGGGCAGCUGAAGAUUAACCUGGUGGACAGGCUCAAGAGGCUAGGCAUAGCCAGAGUGGUCAAGGCUCCCAGUGCACAGGAGAAUAAGAAAAGCCAGGAGGCAGUAGUUGGCCUUCAGAAAGCAGACUCUGCUGUGUAUUUAAAUUCAUGUAGCAGCUUACUGGGUGGGCUGAGGAGAAAUCAGAGUCUCCCAGUCAUGAUGGGGAGCUUUGGUGUCCUGGUGUGCACGUCCUCACCCAGAGUGGGCGUCCCGAAGAAGGACUGAGGCUCUGUGUGAACCGACCUCUUGUGCAGGGCAGCACAGGAAGGGCAGUGUGGUCUGACCGGAGAGAAAGGGAAUGUUGCAGAAGGUUGUGGAUGUGGAGAGAGGGAUGUGAAUGAAGGGUUGGGAACACAGGCUGAGGUCCUCAGAGAUAGAGGCUGGAAAACUGGAAGUGUAAAUGGAUGGGCCUGGGGGGCUGCGGAUUUAGCUCAGUGGCAUAAGCGCCUGCCUUGCAAGCAGGCAGUCGUGAGUUCGAUCCCUGGUACCGAUAAAAAGGAAAAAGACAAAAAUAAAAUAAAAUAAAUAAAUGGAUGGGCCUGGAGUGUCUGGAGACAGGAAAACAAAAGGUUCAGUGCCUCCUUCAGUUGCGCUAUCUGGUCUUAAAAAUAAAAACUGAGCAGAGAAUAAAUUCCAAAAUGUUGAAACCUCCCAGAAGUACUUUCCCUUCCAGUGAGCCAAGUAGGAGGCUUGCCAGGACAGGAAGAAGACAGAGCUGCUGGGAAACUACUGGCGAAGCCGUGCUGUGGCAAGUGUGGCAGGCUGGGUCUGCCCCGGUGGCGGGAAGCCAUGAGACCUCCCAUGUUCCUGUGCUGAAGUCUGGAUAUCUGCAUUGAAUGAACUGCACCAAUGUCUGAUGUGUGCACACAGCACCGCAGGAUGGGAUUGUGUGUAUUUCAUAGCCUGAAGUGCAGACUCCUGUUUGCAGAUCGUUAAGCCACUGGGAACCCAAAGGCCGUCUAGAUUCCUUUGUGUUUAUGAUUACUAAAAGUUUGUUUUUAAAAUUUGUAUUUUUAUACCGCAUCGAAAAAAACAUGGAUAAGGGUUAGAAAUUUACUUUAAGAAAGAAAAUAUGAGUCGUUUAAAACCAAGGAACCUUGCUUUUAUAAUAUUCUGGGUAAUGGAGUGCCCAAGGAAUACAACCCUAACUGUCCUUCUCGUCUCCUUAGAGGCUGGAAGGGUUAAGCCAAAAGUGCAAUCUAUAAGAAUUAGAUUAUGUUGUAUAUUUAUAUAAUUUUUUUUGUAAGAAAAGUUGGUUGCAACUUUUUCCAAAGUGCACUAUGCAUAUUUUUAAAGAAGAUGACAUGUAUUUGCACAAUAAUUCUCAGGCACAUUAAAUUAUUAUAAACUGAAGUAAAACACAGGUUCGUUCUUUGAAAGUAUAUAGUUUUUAUUUUUCUCCUAGUAUAUAUUAAAACACAUCUGCCUCAUUCUUGGGUAUCUGUGGAAUUAAAGAAUGAACUUUUCAAUGAAAGGGUUAAGACUUCUUUUUCUCUGAGGGUCUUCUGUUACUGAAAUGACAAAGCAAGACAGCAUUCAGCAGUGUGGCGCCAAGCUGUUCUGUGAGGAAACUGCCAGGCAAGGUUUGUUCCUGGCCAGGCGGCCCGACCCUGUCUGGGUGGCAGGGAGACGAGGGAGGUGAUGUAUGCUUCUGUUGGUAAACACAUGUAUCCCUUGGCCUUUUGGCUUUUAAUCUGCAAAUGUUUCGCUUGUUUAGCCUGAUUUAGCUGAAAGUGUUUAAGAGGAACCCCAGGUCAGCACACAUCCCUGAAUUCAUCAGGCUCUAAAACAAGGUAAUUCCUCAUGUUUAAAAUUUCAGUUCUCAGUUCACUUUUUAAGAAACAGCAUUUGAAUUUCUACUCUAUAACUCUAGGUGCUUCUUUCGCCAACUCUUAAAUCUAUGUAUGUAUCUAAGGAAGACAUCUUCCUGUUGGCUGGGCAUUUGCAGUUCCAAGAACAUCAGAAGCAGGAAAAUGUGGGACCAGGAGUAGCACAGUGUUAAAUGGUCAGAUUUAUACAUAAUGUGAGUGACUAGAAAUUAAGCUAGGUCUUAUAGUGUUCUGUGUUAAGGAUAGUAUGUGUACUUUUUUAUAUUAGUGGCCAGACGAUCAGUGGAGACAAAAUGGUAUUUUAGCAGCCAAAUAAGUAUAUCUGACUAAACAGAACCAGGCUGAGAUUUUGUAAUUAGAUCGGUACAGAUGUUCUGGCAGAACUGGGAAUUGUGGACUGGUGCAUGCUUGUCUGUGGAAAUGAGUUCCUGUCUUAAAACUGGGUUUUGCGACUUUUGCAGUUUCUGCCUAAAACCAUUCUGGUUCCUCCGAGAACCUCGUGCUUCCAGACUGCCUGCAGCAUGGCGGGGCGAGGGCUGCUGGGUCGUGUUCUAGUCUCUGCUGUAGAAUCAGUUCCAGGACUUUCUUGCCAGUUAGGGGACUCCCAAUCCUUUUUUCUUUUCUUUUUUUUUUUUUUUUAAUUCCUUUUUCAGCAGUUUUAAGUGAUUAUUCCUCAGGUUAUCUCUUAGUAUCCUUAAGGAGAGAUAUGUUAUAUCUUUAUCUGUAGGAGAGAUAUCUUCCGUGAGCUCAGAAUAUACAGUUCUGAAUUAUGAAGACCCAAAAUCCAUGUAAAUAGCCUUAGUGUCCAUGGUCUUUGUGGAGAAGUUAAUGACCAUUGUUAAAGUUAUUUUUUUAAAACAAAGUUUUAUGUUGUUACCCUUGUAUUGACAUAAAUAGUCAGACUCUGGCAAGGGAGGAAUUGCGAGGCAGUUAUGAGAGCCUGUGCUCUAUAAAGGUCAUAUUUUGUGCAGUAUUAAAGUCUUAUUUUUUCUGAUUAUUCUAGUACAGGAUUAAUGUUGGGUGAACGUCCCAUCACCUGUGACUUCCGGACCCAGGGCCAGCAGUGCUCCCUGACCGCAGGGCAGGUGCAGGGAGAGGCACACAGGGCAUCGCACUGUAGCUCUCGAGCGGUGGUUGCCGGGCCGGCUGUGAAAUGCCAGUAUGUGAGGUCUGGGACCUGACUCAGGUUUUGUGCCCCCACUUUACUUUGUCACAUGUAAAUCACUUAAUAAACAUGAGUAGCCUCUGAAA